UUGGAGCAUGCGUCCUUGGCUCCCGGCUUUGGGAGUCGCUCUCUUAAGCUUGGACUUGGACUGGCUGCCAUCUUAGUCGCGGUGUCGUCGCCUUCAGAGCUGGUUCAUGUUCCUUCCUAUGAUAUGGCUGGAAAUGGGUCAAAAACAGAGUGUAUCAGUGGACCAACUAUGAAAUCACAGCUUCAGGUAACUGUUAUUUCUGCAAAGUUGAAAGAAAACAAAAACAAGUGGUUCGGACCCAGCCCAUAUGUGGAAGUUUGGGUUGAUGGUCAGUCAAAGAAGACAGAAAAAUGCAACAAUACCAACAGUCCAAAAUGGAAACAGCAUCUUACAGUAAUUGUCUCCCCUGUUAGCAAGCUACAUUUUCGUGUAUGGAGUCAUCAAACAUUGAAAUCAGAUAUCUUACUUGGAAGUGCCACUCUAGACAUUCAGGAGACACUAAAAGCAAAUAAUAUGAAACUUGAGGAAGUGAUUGUGAACAUGGAUCUUAAUGGUGACAAAGAACCAGCUGACGGAAUUGGAGAGUUGUCUGUCUGUCUAGAUGGUAUGCAGGUAGAUCCUGAGCUUCUGACUAAUGGUGAUGCCUCAAGCAUAAGAAGUCCUGACCCAGAUGAUGGCUCCAAAGCAAAAAAUGAAACAAGGUGUGACAGUGUUGACAAUUGUGAGACUGCUGUUUCCAGUGAAAACAAGGGGGCUAAUAUUAGUGACUCUCCAUUAAUUGCAAAUGGUGGCUUCAAGCCUUCGAGACCUCCAAGGCCCUCUCGACCACCUCCACCCACCCCGCGUAGGCCUUCAGCUCCAGUUGCAAGUGUCAAUGGCCCUUCUUCCACAGAAUCAGAAGCAGCUAAUAAAGAAACUGUGCCAACCGCAAGCACUUCAGCAGCAGAACCAAGUUCUGAUGGAGGAACUUCAGGGACAGCUCUUCCUGCAGCAUCUCCUGUAACUACUCCACCCAUAUGCAGACAAGUUCAGCCAGCAACUCCCAUUUCACAGCCCCAUCAUACAGGUCCUCUUCCACCUGGGUGGGAACAAAGAGUUGAUCAGCAUGGCCGAGUGUAUUAUGUAGAUCAUGUAGAAAAAAGAACAACGUGGGAUAGGCCAGAACCUCUUCCUCCAGGUUGGGAGCGCCGAGUGGACAACAUGGGACGGAUUUAUUACGUUGACCAUUUCACCAGAACAACCACUUGGCAACGACCAACUCUGGAAUCUGUUCGUAAUUAUGAGCAAUGGCAACUUCAGCGUAGCCAGCUUCAAGGAGCUAUGCAGCAAUUUAACCAGAGGUUCAUAUAUGGGAAUCAAGAUUUCACACAGAAUAAAGAAUUUGAUCCUCUUGGUCCCUUGCCACAUGGAUGGGAAAAGAGAACAGACAGCAAUGGCAGAGUAUAUUUUGUCAAUCAUAAUACUCGCAUCACACAGUGGGAAGAUCCCAGGAGUCAAGGUCAAUUAAAUGAAAAACCUUUACCAGAGGGCUGGGAAAUGAGAUUCACUGUGGAUGGAAUUCCAUAUUUUGUGGAUCACAACAGAAGAACAACAACAUAUAUCGAUCCUCGUACUGGAAAAUCUGCUUUAGACAAUGGACCUCAAAUAGCCUAUGUUCGUGAUUUCAAAGCAAAGGUCCAAUAUUUCCGAUUUUGGUGUCAGCAACUCUCUAUGCCCCAGCAUAUAAAAAUAACAGUGAGCAGAAAAACACUGUUUGAAGAUUCAUUUCAGCAGAUUAUGAGUCUCAGUGCCGUGGACCUAAGAAGACGCUUGUGGGUCAUUUUUCCAGGAGAAGAAGGCUUAGAUUAUGGAGGUGUUGCUAGGGAAUGGUUCUUUCUAUUGUCGCAUGAAGUGCUGAAUCCAAUGUAUUGCCUGUUUGAAUAUGCAGGGAAGGAUAACUACUGCCUACAGAUAAACCCAGCUUCUUACAUCAACCCAGAUCACCUGAAAUACUUCCGCUUUAUUGGUAGAUUUAUUGCUAUGGCAUUGUUCCAUGGAAAAUUUAUAGACACAGGUUUCUCUCAACCUUUCUACAAACGUAUCCUUAACAAACCAGUUGGAUUAAAAGACUUGGAAUCUGUAGAUCCCGAGUUCUAUAAUUCCCUCAUCUGGGUUAAGGAAAACAAUAUUGAAGAAUGUGGCCUAGAAAUGUAUUAUUCAGUUGAUAAGGAAAUUCUAGGUGAAAUAAAGAGCCAUGACUUGAAACCCAAUGGUAGCAACGUCCUUGUUACUGAAGAAAACAAAGAAGAAUAUAUUAAACUGGUAGCAGAAUGGAGGCUUUCCCGGGGUGUAGAAGAGCAGACACAAGCUUUCUUUGAAGGAUUCAAUGAGAUUCUAUCACAGCAGUACUUACAGUACUUUGAUGCCAAAGAGCUGGAGGUGCUUUUAUGUGGAAUGCAAGAGAUUGACCUGACUGAUUGGCAAAGACAUACAAUCUACCGGCAUUAUACCAGGACAAGCAAACAAAUAGUGUGGUUUUGGCAGUUUGUAAAGGAAAUAGAUAAUGAGAAGAGAAUGAGAUUACUACAAUUUGUUACUGGAACAUGCCGAUUGCCAGUUGGAGGAUUUUCUGACCUCAUGGGGAGUAAUGGACCCCAAAAAUUUUGUAUUGAAAAAGUUGGUAAAGAAAACUGGUUGCCUAGAAGCCAUACAUGUUUCAAUCGCUUGGAUUUGCCACCGUACAAGAGUUAUGAACAGCUAAAGGAAAAGUUACUGUUUGCAAUUGAAGAAACAGAAGGAUUUGGACAAGAGUAACUUUUUGUGGAAUUUGGAUCAGAAGAACAUAAAUUCAUAUAGGGUGUGAGUUCUUCACUGCCUCUGCUAGUUGCACUUCUUACUGUAAACAGGACUUGAUCUUCAUUUAUUUAAACAAAUGUUAGUAUGUAAGUAAAUGAAUGUUGCUGUCAUUUUAUCCUAUUUUUAGAUUUCUUCCAAAUCCGUUACAGAAAUCCAAAAUGAUAAACUAUAAAUGAAAUCUUCCUUGACCAGAGGUUGUUGUACUUCUGGAGCUAUGUCUUGCAUCAUGUUCAUUAACUGGAAUGCAUUUCCUUUUCUUUUUUCUUUUCUCUUUCCUUUUCUCUUUUCUUUUCCUUUCCUUUCUUCUCUUUUCU